AUGUCUCGGUCCAAAUCUUCUAGGACACCCAGAUCUCCAAGCAGAUCCAUUUCUCCAUCCAUAUCCCAAUCUCCAAAGAGAAGAGUCAAGCGUCCAAAGAUGACAGCAAAGUCUCCAAUGAGAUCCAGAUCUCCAAGGAGAUCCAAAUCUCCAUCGACAUCCCAAUCUCCAAAAAGGAGAGUCAAGCAUCCAAAGAUGACAGCAAAGUCUCCAAUGAGAUCCAGAUCUCCAAGCAGAUCCAAAUCUCCAUCGACAUCCCAAUCUCCAAAAAGGAGAGUCAAGUGUCCAAAGGUGACAGCAAAGUCUUCAAUGAGAUCCAGAUCUCCAAGCAGAUCCAAAUCUCCAUCGACAUCCCAAUCUCCAAAGAGGAGAGUCAAGAGUCCAAAGGUGACAGCAAAGUCUUCAAUGAGAUCCAGAUCGCCAAGGAGAUCCAAAUCUCCAAUGAUAUCCAGAUCUCCAAGCAGAUCCAAAUCUCCAAAGAGGAGAGUCAAAACUCCAAAGACGAGAGCAAAGUCUCCAAGGAUAUCCAAAUCUCCAAUGAGAACCAGCUCUCAAAUGAGAUCUCCAAGCAGAUCCAAAUCUCCAUCGAUAUCCCAAUCUCCAAAGAGGAGAGUCAAGCGUCCAAAGAUGACAGCAAAGUCUCCAAUGAGAUCCAAAUCGCCAAGGAGAUCCAAAUCUCCAAUGAGAUCCAGAUCUCCAAAGAGGAGAGUCAAGACUCCAAAGAUGAGAGCAAAGUUUCCAAUGAGAUCCAGAUCUCCAAGGAGAUCCAAAUCUCCAAUGAGAUCCAGAUCUCCAAAGAGGAGAGUCAAGACUCCAAAGAUGAGAGCAAAGUCUCCAAGGAGAUCCGGAUCUCCAAGGAGAUCCAAAUCUCCAAUGAGAUCUCGAAAGAGACCCAGAUCUCCAAGCAGAUCCAAAUCUCCAUCGAUAUCCCAAUCUCCAAAGAGGAGAGUCAAGCGUCCAAAGAUGACAGCAAAGUCUCCAAUGAGAUCCAAAUCGCCAAGGAGAUCCAAAUCUCCAUCGAUAUCCCAAUCUCCAAUGAGGAGAGUCAAGCGUCCAAAGAUGACAGCAAAGUCUCCAAUGAGAUCCAGAUCGCCAAGGAGAUCCAAAUCUCCAAUGAUAUCCAGAUCUCCAAAGAGGAGAGUCAAAACUCCUAAGACGAGAGCAAAGUCUCCAAGGAGAACCAGAUCUGAAAUGAGAUCUCGAAAGAGAUCCUAA